CCCGGCCGGGCUCCUGCGGACAUGCCGCUCCCCUGACCAUGCCAGGCCGGGCGCUUGCGGGGACCGCCGAGGGAAAGCGAGACGCGCCCGCGCCUCCUGCCGGGGCUGCCCCGACCUCCCCGCCUGCGCUCAGCCCCAGCGGGGGCCCCCCGGGGCUCUUUCCCUGGCAUGCGCGACCGGCCUCGCACGACUAUGUCCCAGUACUCCACGAAUUUCCUCUUGGUUCCCAUCCCGGAAUAUCCCCUCCUGGAGUGCGCGCCCAACAAAAUCAUCAAGCUGGUGGUCCUGGGGGGCAGCGGCGUGGGAAAGACCGCUCUCAUUGUACGCUUUCUCACCAAGAGAUUUAUUGGAGACUACGAAGCCAAUACCGGUACGUCUCAUUCCUGUCUUGCCGAUUCUGAUGGGAACAAACGGCGCUGUGUCUGCCUGGCUCCGGAGGGCUGGAAGGGCGAGUGGGCGGAGGGGUGGGCAGCUCGCAGAGCCCGCGAAGAGAAACGGAGCGAGUCAAGGGGCACGUGGGGGGUCCCUUUCUAGAGAUCCAGAAACUGCACCUUUUCAAAUCAUGGCUUCUAGCAAUGGCGGUAAUAAAUCAAAGCUGGGCUAUUUACAGUCUUUCCCCUCUCCUGGGGAGGGGAGGUGUUUUUUUAAGCCAGCGUUGUCUCCAUUGUGAGGGAGCAGAGAGAUGA